AAAAUCGUUAACAAUGAUCUCAAUGUUUCUCAUUUAAGUCUGCGAAGCUCCGGCAAGUCAAUGAAUUCUGGAAUUGUUGAGGUGUACAAAGGAGACAAGUGGGGAUACGUUUGUGAAGAUGGCUGGGAUCUGAUUGAUGCCAACGUCGUGUGCAGAGAGAUUGGUUUUACUCGAGGUGCAGCUUCUUCUAAAAUUAAAAACGGGACUUUACUGGAGAGCCAGAAACCCAAUGCCAGUAUUCUGCUCAACGACUUGCAUUGUUCAGGCACCGAGAAUACUCUCCAUGACUGUCCAUACAGUCUGCUGAACGACUGCUCUCACGACCAGACUGCUAGCCUGGAAUGCUCUGAGGAUAUACACAUUUUAAAUCCCGCAGCAAAUGUCACAGUGGGGUUUGUAGGAGGCAGCGAUAAAAGUGAGGGCAUUGUGGAAGUUGUCAUCAACAAAGAACGAUACCGAGUCUGUAAUGAUAACUGGAAGGAUCAAGAUGCUGCUGUUAUCUGCAGAAUGAUGGGUUUCAGGUAA